GAUCCAUAUAUGCCUAACAAUGCAUCUCCCUCCGAUCGUGUCCUAUGCAAGACUGCGUGAAGGGCGGAGAAGCAACCCACCCAAUUUUCUGUUUUCUCGUUCGUGUCCGGAGACUAACCGCGAAACGCGUGCGCAAAUUAGUAUGUCUGCGGGGGCCCCCAGGAAGCCAAGUAGCGACGGAAAAGUGGAUUUCCUUCUUUAAUGCUUUUGUGGAACGGUUGUUUAAUUGGAAACACUUUCUCACAGCGAAAGAGGAAAAUAUUUUCCCGUCGCACAAUCUCCAAACUACCUUUCGCGCUCGAACGACCUGUCUGUGCUCUGUCGGUCGAGUUCACCUUUUUCGCCGCGCCUCGAUUUCCCCUCAAUACUCCCGGUCGGAUAUUUACAAGAAAAAACAGUCAAGAUGAAUCCUCAGGACAAAGCAAAGCAAGCCGUGGGCUACUUCGCUGUCGAUACUUAUGUACGAAGCGGCAUGAAGGUCGGUCUCGGGACCGGAACGACAGCGAAGUUCGUUGUCGAGAGAAUCGGCCAACGCAUGCAGGAAGGGUCUUUGAAGGAUCUGCUCUGCGUCCCGACUAGCGAGGCCACUCGGAAACAGGCAGAGAGUUUGGGAAUUCCUCUGACAACUCUCGACGGCAUUGCAGACUGUCUCGAUGUAGCCAUCGACGGAGCUGACGAAAUUCUUCCGCCCACCCUCGGACUCGUGAAAGGACGGGGUGGCGCCCUGCUGCGCGAAAAAAUGAUCGCUGCAGCUGCCAAGACAUUCAUCGUGGCUGCGGAUGAAACGAAACUCGUCUCCAACGGCAUAGGCUCCACGGGAGCUCUUCCUGUUGAAGUAGUCGUCUUUUCCGGCUCCCACACAAAGCGCUUGCUUUCCGCGUUGCCUUCGGUGAAACGCCAUGGCGGUCGGGCGGAGUUUCGCAAGAGAGCUGGCGCCGCGACCGGAGAAAAGAACGGUGGCCAGGAAGAUAUCCGGGAAGAAGACCGAUUUGUGACAGACAACGGAAACUACAUCGUCGACCUCUACUUCACAGAGACUGUGCCCGAUCUUCAUGAAAUGGACAAAGAACUCAAAAGCAUCCCUGGCGUUGUCGAGACCGGCUUUUUUCUCGACCUGGCCUCCGUGUGCCUGAUCGGCAAGGCCGACGGCUCUGUCGCAACGUUGACUGCAGAGCGCAAAUGAAAGAUUGUAAAACACAGCUUUACGCAGGGAACAACACUUUGGAGACACCAAAUACGAUAAGCCAACUGAAAGCGCCUCAAACAGACUGCCUGCACGGCUGCCUACAACUUUCGGUCUUCUGAGUUACAGGUUUCGUUUACCGGAGAGCGGACUUGCAUUCAUCUUUCGUCUUGUUUCCUGUUCUCGUUUCCCGUCUCUUCGCGGAAACUUGGAUCUGAAUCCGUCGCUUUUGCAUUUUAAAACGACAGGACAUACACAUUUUACAAGAGAAGGGUUUCUGAGAAACCGACGGAGAGGCUGAAGUGCAAUCGAAAAAAGAGAGACCAUGGUUCGCGGAGCAAGUGGACAUCCUGUUGUCUUGAUCUUGUGUCAUAUUUAUUCUGCCGUCCUACUCUUCGUUAAGCUUUCUCUGUUGUUCGCUGUGGAUGUCGAGAGCCGCUGUUCUCAACAUACGGUCUCUUGCCUGUUCGUUUGGUGGGGGCACUGUAGGACACAGCUAUUUGUUUGUAUCCGCUUCCCGUCAUCUUUUCCUCCAUCCGCAUCUGCACAUUUUCCCCGGGUCUUAUUCCCCUGUUCCGACACGGAAGACUUAAGUCGUUAUAUGUCCUGUUUUGCCGACGAGCCGGU